UUGCGCGCGUGUAAGUGGCUGGUUGUGCUGUGCGUAAAGAAACACGGAAGAUCUGCUUUUGGUUUCAGCUGCUUGUUUUAUUCUCUGUUCGCGUUGUUCAAGGAUAUUCUUUAAACGGGUUGGAAAAAUAACGAACUUGCUUGGUUUUUUAAACUGGUGUGUAGUUUAAUAUUAACAGAAGUGCCCAUUUAAUGGAUACGACUCUAGAAAAGAAGUGCCCGAUUAUCGUCGUCAAUAAUAGCAACAACAGCACCAGCAGUAGUGGUAGCGAGGAAGGCAAUGACCAAAAUAGUGAGACAAGCAAAAAUACAAACAACACCAGCAUUGUAAGAAGAAACCCAUCAAUCCUGCUGGCGCUGGAUACCGUGCAUCGGUCUCUGCUGUUGAAGAACUUGCAGUUCGAUCAAGAAUCCAGCUACAGCGGCGGCGAGACCUGCUCUACCAGAGGAAGCAGCACUUGUGAAGAGGAACUACAGCAACGUGCGAUACAGGAACAUCCACUUGAUAAUAUUCUAGCUCAACCAAGGGAGACACAAGUGGUAAAGGUAACCGGUGCUGGUAGCGAUCAAGUGGAUUGUCCAAAACAGUUUACAAAACCCGUUGAUGCGCUUGAAACCCUGAUCAAACAAACUACCGAUGGGACCUUCAGCAGGAUUGAAGGUUUAGAGCUGGUAAAGCGGCAGGAUAGAGAUUUUAAUAAUAAUAACAACAACAAGAACAACGAUAGUCGCGUCAUGAUGAUGGUAGCCAAGUAUGAAUCACAACGGGGAAAGGCGGUGGAGGGCACCCGAGUGGAUGAUACUGAAACAAGUGAUUUCGAAACGGCUAGUGUGAGCAGUAGCAGCUUGGGAAGUUUGCGUAGUAGUUCCGCUUUCAGUGAAGGAAGUCGGGAUGUGAUGAGUGUAGAAAAUUUUGGAAAGCCUGAACUAACGAAUGGAGUGACACAAGCGGAAUGUCAUCGAGUUAAAGCAGGAACAUCUACUAUGAUUACGAUAAACAUUAUUAAUAAGACUGCAGACAACGGCUGUGAUAGAACGUCGCUAGGAACAAAUCCACAAACGAAGGCUGUGCAUGUGCAGGUUCCCGAAGAAAGUGAAACAGAACCAACGACGGCGAGCAGUGUAGAUGACAUGUCUUCCAAGAGUGAACCGGUGGAGGAGCAGCAGAAGUUUGAUGCUGCCGAAGUAUUUAGUGACCAGUCACUUUACGACACUCUUCAAUUUCAAACGGCAGAAAGUCAAGAUUUUUUAGACUGUGGAGAUGAUGUGGUAUCAUCUAACUCCGGCUAUGAUGAAAGCAGCACAGAAGACAGUGACAUCAGCGUUCAAGUGCCAAAACAAACGCAGCACUCAAAGGUCAUCAAUCAGGAAGUUAUCGAUAGCGAUAGCGCACCAAUGAUUAAUAUUAUCCAAGAAGUGACCCCAAAUAUGCAGGUCACAUCCACCGUAAUACUGAACAAAGCUAAAAUCAAAGAGCACCGCAAAGCUCGCGCUGCCGAUAAAAAGCAGAAGCAAAAAAAGGAAAAGAAAAAAAUGGAUAAUUCCAUCUUUAAUCGUCAAAAGAUAAUUGACGACAAUUUCUGUAAUGAGAUCCUCGAUUCAACCAUUCACUUUGAUCGAUUGUAUGGUUUGAAUCGCAAAACGGCUGUCGAAACUCCAAUUGAAGUGUUGAGUGAUUCCGCGAUACAGCCUUCAUCGGCUGGCGAUGAGUCGUUCGAUUCCUCGCUAUCUUUCGGAAAGCUGGAAGGCAAACCACGCUACUCCGGACGACCGGUCGGGCGGUUGAUGGCCAGGCGACUGAAGAAGCUAGAUAAACCACCCAAGCAGAACAAAUCGGAAGGACUUUCAGAUUCAUCGGCAUCAAAUUAUGCGAAUGGACCAAAGAAACCACCACGCACGUUUGCAUCGCAAAGCAAAUCCCGAAUUGGAUGGGUUUUGGAGAAAAAAGAGUCCUCGUCGGGGAAGCAGUCAAGCUCGGAGAAGCCUAGCUGUCCAAAGCUUGAAGAUCUCGACUCCGAUCCGGAUUUGGCUGGAUGGAAUUUCAGUAAAAAAGAAAAAUCUCAUGAAAUGGGAUGGACGGUGCCGAAAGAACGUACCAACAAUUCGGCAAUUCCUCCCCACAUCUACAGCAUGCUUCACUAUUCAGACGAUGAAACUAAAAAGCGACUGAUCAAAUCAUCCAAGUCAAAAGCAGCACCGCAGGCUUCGUUUAGCAAACAUCAAUUGGAGCAAGCCCUGUUAGGGCCAAAACUGGACAUCGAUACGGUGGACAGUGGCUGUUCGGAAGCUGCACCGGUGCAGCGAAAAUCUUCUUCAAAUUUAGAAUUUGAAGCUUUUGUUGCUAAUUCAAAAAUUAAAAGCACACCGCAUAAACACAAACAGCAACAGGUCAGCAGACGAACCGAUUUGUUUUUAAAAUCGGAGCGCAAACAAAACUUUGAAGAUAGGCGUCGAACUACCGGUAAUAUUUCAGAUCGAGAACAAGAGUUCGCUCAUUUUUUAGAUAAUGGUAGGCGAAGUGAUCACGAUCCGAAUCAAGAGAUCUUCUGUCGCAAAUGUACGGAAAAAUCUCAGAGCAAAAAAUCCUUCCGUAAGGCAGCUGUACGAAGAACUAAAUCGUUCUUCGAAGCAUCUAAAAAGAAAAUUCAUCUACAAGGUUUGAAAAAGAAAGCCAAGAAAGAUCACUUUGAGACCCCGAAAAAGUGUGAACUAGGCUCCAAUCUGAACAAAGAAAAUUCUGUUAAAAAGCAAUUGCACAAACAUCUCGGUUACACACCGGACCAUCUACGCUGUGGAUCCUGCCCAAAACAAUCCGGAAUGGUACAUAACAAUCUGACUCCAGAGAUAAAAUCAGCACCCGCUAGAAUUAACGAGCGGCAUCCUUCGAAUCGCCUUCCAACGAGAACGGUUCUCAAUUUUUCCGGACCCGAUAUGGUAGAUUCCGUAGACGGUGACGGAGCUGAAACCCAAAAGAAGCAAAAGUCUCACGAAAUAAAAUUUCUGAAGACUCUGAAGAAUCUCAAAAUUUCCCCAAAGAAAAUUUUUAAAUCGCACGAUGAAUCGGGCAAACAUCAGUGCACGAGUACGUCCUCUCCCCGUCAAUAUGGGAACUUUCAGUCGUAUGACGAUUUGAACUUGGACAACGUCGCACAGAUGGGUGAUUUCCUUAACAACGUUCGCCGGGCGGUGGAAGUAGAACGUCAGACCACUUGCCGGGAUGAGGCUUUCGUUAGAGAAGCUGCGUCAAUUUCACGAAAUCGACGCAUUUCUACCAGCAGCGAACUGCUGGAUAGUUCGGCUAUGGAGCGUCUCCGGCGGCUACGAGCAACAGUCGAUUCACCUCCGGAGGAACCGAUUUACCAAGAAAUCUCUCCGAAAAAUAACAAGACUAUCAUCAAUGAGUUCAUCAGUGGAGAAUCGUCUGGAAAUCAUCGUUAUCUGAUGGUCAAUAAUAAUCCAAACGUGUUAUAUGCCACGGUCAACAAAACCGCUAAGAAUCUUAUUAAAACCAAGUCAUCUAACAACGUUUGCGAGGAUCAACCACAACCGAUUAGUGUGAAAAAACUGAACUCCGAACCACCAACUUCUCCGUGUCCACAGCAAUCAAAUGCUUCGAUUGAAACUCAAUCAAAUUCUGCCACUGGCAGAAGACUGCGACGUUCCUUGUUCCGUACUCCUACUGCAUGCGAUGAUACUGUUGGUGGUGGUGCUGCUCCCACUCGAUCCGGUUUCGCCGAUGAAGACAAUGAUAUCUCGGUUUUACAGGAGGACGACGACGACGACCACCGCAAGGACCAGCACCUUUGCACGGACAACGGUAACCGACAACGACAAGGGGUGGUGGUAGAUGAAGUGGUAGUUAUCAGACAACACGUGGGAAAGAUGGGAACCAGUCCGAACGAACGUUGCACUACUGACAGCGCGGGAAUGAGGGAUGACGACGACGCAUAUCGGCUUUUCAGCGGUGACAUUCAUCGUACCAACAGUGGAACAAUGAUACGGCAAGGAGUUGCGACAACCCGCGAAGAGGUUUUUGAGAUGUUGAGGAGCGGAACAACAACCGUUGGGCGGGCACCGCUGGGAUCCAUCGAUACAGAUGAUGAGAUCGAAUCUCUGCAGAAGUACGAAGACAGAGGCCUGGACGAGCUGCGAAAGUCACUGCGAGAUAACAUAUCCAUCUCGGAGAUUGGAACCAACGACACGGAAUCGGAAGCUUUCGUCACCGGUUACGAUACAGUGGACUUUUUCGGAGCUAUUACACCCGCUCGGCGAAACAACCUGGAGGCUGGCAGCGAUAGACGAGCGAUGGAUUCAACGAUCGACACGGAUAACAUUUCCGAGCUUAUGAGUGCUCACGAUUACUCGAUUUCAAACAUUUCGCCGGUAAAUAGUUCUCCCUCGUCGGCGAAGGUGCGGCUUAACAGUAGCGACGUGUAUCGCAAUCUAAAGGAUAAGCUAAGAAAUUCGUUUCGUAAGAGCAAGAAUUUUAUUAAAAACGAGCAGCGCAAAAUUGUAAAUUACUUCGACGAGAAACCGGUGAAGCCGGAAGAAUCUGGAAAUAGGGUGGUGUUCAAUUUGGAUGAGUACUGCAAGAAAUAUGGUGAUGAUGCCGAUGCGGAGGAAAUCUAUCAAUCACUAAGCAAUGCAGGUUCACUGAUAGAGUUGAGUAAUCAAUUCCUGGCGGAACUAGUUAACCAAAUCAAAACACAAACCGAUAUCAGGAAACAGUUGAAGCAAGCGUUAGCCAUUUGCCGGAACACACGGGAGUUCGAAUGUUCCUCUGAACUAAUCGAGGCCGAAAGAUUGAUGCUUUUGUCGACCCUGAAGGAAAAUGCAGCUCGCAAUGAACUAAGCAAAAUUGAUUACAAUGCGAAUGGGAAAAUUCUGAACGAUGGCAAAAAAGUGGGCAUCGUUGCGCUGAACCAUUUUGAAUUUCCACUCAAAGAAACCGCCGUUAACGAUAUGCUGUUCAACUAUUUCUAUGUGGUGGUGUGUUCCUACAAGAACCAGGUAAAGGCCACGCUGGCCAAAGAGCGCUACAAAGAUCGGGUCUACUUUCGCAACUGUGAGAUCGAGUUUCAUGAUUUGGACGCCGAGUACGAAAUCCGGGUGGAAGUUUUUGUGUUGCGACUUCGCAAGAACGCACGGAACUUUAGCUUCGAGAGCAAAUACCAUCUGAACAAGGAAUCUAAAAAUUUCCUUGGCUCUUGCCCAAGUCCGCCAAAGUUGCGCAGUCCGGCUAAGCUGCUUUCAAGUCGCUCGAAUUCCCCAAAAAAUUUUGACUUUGAUAACGAGUUUUCGCGCUUUAAGUCGCAGGGUUUCAUAACAUUGACCUCCUUCAGUUUACUGCCGGGCAACAGUACCCUACAGAUGGAAGGCAACGAGCAGCUGUUGGAAAACUGUCGCCAUUCGCCGUACUAUUCUGCUUCCAGUAACUUCCAGCGAAUGGUUCGCCGUCAGGGUGAUCACAACAUCUAUCUGAUGGAGGAUUUCAAGUAUCUUAAGCUGGACUCGAUGGUGUACAACUCGAAUCUUCUCGGUAGCAUCGGAAUGAGCGUCAAAAGUGAGGUUUUAUUUGUCAACUCUGACAUCGAUGGGUUUAUCAAUGUGGGUCAAAGUCGCACGGGAACCGUCGAUUGGAGCCGAAAGUGGUGCAAACUGAACGGAUUUGUUCUGGAGUUUUGGAACUAUCCGCAGGAGUGUCAAGAAAAGCUCCCGACUCUCCAGAUCGAUCUGACUAAGUGUAUUAACGAUGGGGUGGAGCUGGCCGAUCGGACCAGCUGCUCACGCCCGCGCACUUUUCGGCUAGACAUCUUUGCCAAAGGCACCGGUAGCUGCAGUAGCAGUGGCAUUAGUAGCUAUAAGGAUACUGAUUCCCACCAGCACAACCGAAACAGUGACAGUCAUCAUUCCCAGCAGGCACAACAGCAACAACAGCAGCAGUCAUUAUGUGAUAACACCAAAACCUACCUACUAUCGGUCGAUACGCCCAAUGAGCUCAAAACCUGGCUCAAUGAGCUUAAUCGUGUUGUUAAGUUUUUGAAAGAAUGGAAAAUUUAAAUUAGCAUUAAAGAUAAAGAGGAAAUUCGGUGCAAUAAUGUUUGUAAGAAGCAGCUUUCGUCAACUAAUUUUAGUUGUUAGUUUAGUCAUCAUAGGAAUAGCAAAACUAGCUGUAGUGAAACGAAUCUCGAAAAACUGUGCGUGUAAAAUAUGCCAGGUGCCUUUUUCUCCUAACAACAGAUUUCAAUAAUCAUCGGUGAAUCCGUUAGGUUUUAGAACGUGUGACGCAGUGAAGCCACGUAGUACCACGUAUGCGUAGUAGUUAUUUUAUUACACUUUAUUUUUUAGUUCAGAUGCAUUCCCAAUCGCGUAAAACAUUAGCACAUUCCACUGAAAGAUACAUUUCAAAUAACCACAACCGCAACCAAGUGCCUCUAUAUCUACUUAAUUAUCUCACUUUUUAGCAAAACAGUAUACAAACACUCUUAAUGAGUUUCGUUUCGAUUUAAACAAAAAACUGACACGCAAUUUUCGUUACUAAUCCCAUAGCGAAUCGAAAUGAUCUCAAUGUUAUAUUUUGCUAGAGGAUAAGAUUUUAAAUCAAACAUUUUUAUCUUUCAUAAUUGUACUACUUGUAAUGGUUUUAGAGUAAAAUCUGCCAAUAUCCGUAGAUGUUUGAGCUCUCUUUUUGGUUUGAAUAAAUGAUGUAAAAUUUUCUGUUACAGAAAGUUGAAAAUUUUCAGUAAUUCU